AUGGGUAUUAGAGGUCUCAUCUUCACCCUCCUAGUCCUUGCCAAUUCGUUGGCUCAUUGCAGCGGUGAUACACCACCGGCUAGUUUCUCCACUCCGCUUAACCGGAGUAGUUUUCCGGCGGAUUUUGUAUUUGGCGCGGCAUCGGCAGCUUACCAGAAGGACAUACAACUGCUUAAAGGACUUGGUGGAAAGAUUAGUGGAGGAGUAAAUCAAGAGGGAAUCAAAUUCUAUAAUGAUCUCAUCAAUGAGCUCAAAUCCAACGGUUUGAAACCAUUUGUCACUCUUUUCCACUGGGAUGUUCCUCAGCCUCUGCAAGACGAAUAUGGCGGAUUUUUACACGCCAACAUAGUGAACGAUUAUCGGGACUAUGUGGACAUUUGCUUCAAAGAAUUUGGUGAUCGGGUCAAGCAUUGGAUCACGUUGAAUGAGCCAUUGUCAGUCAGCAUGUUUGGGUACGCGACGGGAACUCAUGCGCCUGGUCGAUGUUCCAACUAUGUCGGAAAUUGCACCCAGGGUAACUCUGCCAUAGAACCCUACGUCGUAGCACACCAUCAACUUCUUGCUCAUGCAGCUGCUGUUAGGUUUCUGCACCCAAUUACUUAUGGUGACUACCCACCAAGCAUGAGAUCGAAUGUGGGGAACCGAUUGCCCAAAUUCUCUAUGGAGCAAUCCAAGAUGUUAUCAAUUGAUUUCUUGGGCAUAAAUUACUAUACCUGUAAUUAUGCUUCUCCGAUGCUCUCAGUCAAUAGAGUUAACCUCAGCUACACAACAGACAAUCAUCUUGAUCUUACCAGGAUGGCAGAUCAGAACAAUAGUUCACUGCCUAUUAAAAAAGCCAUAAAAGAUGAGUUGAGGAUAAAGUAUUACCAAGGGCACUUUAAGUAUCUUCAACAAGCUAUCAAGAAGGGAGCAAAUGUAAAGGGACACUUUGUGUGGUCAUUCCUUGAUGACUUUGAAUGGGAUGCUGGUUUCACCGUCCGUUUUGGUCUCACCUACAUAGAUUACAAAGACAACUUGAAAAGAUACCUCAAACUCUCAGCUUUUUGGUUUAAGAAAUUCCUCCAGAAAUCAACUCAAUGA